AUGUUUUUUCAGUUUGGCCCGUCCAUUGAGCAGCAAGCCCAGGUCAUGCUAAACAUCAUGGAGGAGUAUGACUGGUACAUAUUCUCCAUUGUCACUACAUACUACCCAGGCUAUGAGGACUUUGUCAACAAGGUCCGAAGCACUAUUGAGAACAGCUUUGUCGGCUGGGAGCUGGAAGAAGUGCUCUUAUUGGACAUGUCUGUGGAUGAUGGAGACUCUAAAAUUCAAAAUCAGUUGAAAAAGCUGCAAAGUCCUGUGAUCCUGCUGUACUGCACCAAAGAGGAGGCCACCACCAUCUUUGAAGUGGCUCACUCUGUGGGUCUGACUGGUUAUGGCUACACCUGGAUCGUACCCUCACUCGUGGCCGGAGACGCAGACCAAGUGCCCUCAGUUUUCCCUAUAGGGCUUAUCUCUGUGUCGUAUGACGAAUGGGACUACAACAUUGAGGCCAGGGUGCGUGAUGCAGUGGCUGUCAUCGCUACGGCAACCUCCACCAUGAUGCUGGACCGCGGGCCACACACGCUGCUGAAGUCGAGCUGCAUCGGGACGCCGGACAAAAAGAAUGCAGCCAACACUGGCCACUCUAAAGAAAUACUGAAGUACGUCAUGAAUGUGACGUUUGAGGGACGGAACCUGUCCUUCAGUGACGAGGGGCACCAGGUGCAUCCCAAGCUGGUCAUCAUUCUUCUCGAAAAGGAUCGACAGUGGGAUCGGGUUGGCAAGUGGGAGAGAGGCUCUCUGACAAUGAGGUACCAUGUAUGGCCGCGUUUUGAGCUAUACUCUGGAGUUGAGGCACAAGAGGACCACCUGUCCAUUGUAACUUUGGAGGAGGCGCCAUUUGUCAUUGUGGAGGAUGUGGACCCUCUCAGUGGGACCUGCAUGAGGAACACUGUGCCAUGUCGCAAACAACUUAAGCUCAGCAAUUUAACUGGAGAUUCAGGAAUCUACAUCAAACGCUGCUGCAAGGGUUUCUGCAUCGACAUCCUCAAAAAGAUUGCCAAGCAUGUCAAGUUUACAUACGACCUUUACCUCGUCACCAACGGCAAGCAUGGGAAGAAAAUCAACGGGACGUGGAAUGGCAUGGUUGGAGAGGUGGUGCUGAAGAAUGCACAUAUGGCUGUCGGUUCACUCACCAUCAACGAGGAGAGAUCCGAGGUCAUCGAUUUCUCUGUUCCGUUCAUCGAGACGGGAAUCAGCGUCAUGGUUUCUCGGAGCAACGGGACGGUUUCUCCCUCUGCCUUCCUUGAGCCCUUCAGUGCGGACGUGUGGGUGAUGAUGUUUGUGAUGUUGCUCAUCGUGUCGGCCGUGGCAGUGUUUGUGUUCGAGUACUUCAGCCCUGUGGGUUACAACCGCUGUCUGGCAGACGGCCGAGAGCCUGGGGGCCCCUCCUUCACCAUCGGAAAGGCCGUUUGGCUGCUUUGGGGUCUGGUUUUUAACAACUCUGUGCCGGUGCAGAAUCCCAAAGGAACCACCAGUAAGAUCAUGGUGUCAGUGUGGGCCUUCUUCGCUGUCAUCUUUCUGGCCUCCUACACUGCCAACCUGGCUGCUUUUAUGAUCCAGGAAGAGUAUGUGGACCAGGUGUCGGGCCUGUCAGACAAAAAGUUCCAGAAGCCCAACGAGUUUUCCCCACCAUUCCGCUUUGGGACCGUGCCCAAUGGGAGCACGGAGCGCAACAUCCGCAACAACUACCGGGACAUGCACGCAUACAUGACGAGCUUCCACCAGAAGAACGUUGACGAGGCGCUGUACAGUUUGAAAUCUGGUAAACUGGAUGCAUUCAUCUAUGACGCAGCAGUGCUGAAUUACAUGGCAGGAAGAGACGAAGGCUGUAAGCUGGUCACCAUCGGCAGCGGAAAGGUCUUUGCGUCUACGGGCUACGGCAUCGCCAUCCAAAAGGAUUCUGGGUGGAAACGAGCUGUGGAUCUGGCCAUCCUAAUGCUGUUUGGGGACGGUGACAUGGAGGAGUUUGAGGCCUUGUGGCUCACGGGAAUCUGCCACAAUGAGAAGAACGAGGUGAUGAGCAGUCAGCUGGACGUGGACAACAUGGCAGGGGUCUUCUACAUGCUGGGGGCCGCCAUGGUCUUGUCUCUCUUAACCUUCAUCUCCGAACACUUAUUCUACUGGCAGCUGCGUUUCUGUUUUAUGGGCGUGUGCUCUGGACAGCCUGGAUUCACCUACUCCAUUAGCAGAGGAAUCUACAGCUGCAUCCACGGAGUUCAAAUUGAGGAAAACAAGUCAACCGUGGACUCCCCCUCCUCCACUAUAAAGAAGAACAUGAACAACACCCACUCCAACAUCUUACGCCUGAUCCGCACUGCCAAAGACAUGACUGCAGUGCCAGGUAUCAACGGCUCUCCUCACGCUGCCCUGGAGUACAGUCACAGUGGGCGUGAGUCAGCUAUAUAUGACAUCCAGGAGCACCGGCGUAGCCUGGUGGGUCACCCCAUGGACUGCAAGACUGCUCCACCCUACAUGGCAGAGGACAACAUGUUCAGUGAUUAUGUUGGUGAUGUGGAGAGGACUUUUGGGAACUUACCCGUGAAAGACAACAACCUGUACCAAGACCAUUACCGGCACCACCACCCGGCCUCUGCUCUGGGUAUGUCUGCCCCCGCGCCCAAUAGGCCGCGUAGCUUAGGCAGCGCUAGCUCAUUGGAAGGGGGGAUAUUUGAUUGUGACAGUUUAGGGGGAGGGGUUGCACCAAUUUUUACCACACAACCCCGCCCAUCCAUGACCCACAGGAACACAAAUAAAUUUGACUUGAUUGCUGGGCACCCCCAGGCGGACUCCACCCAGGGUGGGUUCAAACCUGGAAACGUGUACGGCAGGUUUUCCUUCAAAGGAGGAGCAUCCAGCACGGGGCUGAUCAGCAGUCACGAGAGGUACUGUGGUGGAGGCGGGGGAGGGACAGGAUCGGGGGGCGAUGACGUCUCAGACAUCUCGACGCACACGGUCACCUAUGGCAACCUGGAAGGAAACAACAAACGACGUAAGCAGUACAGGGACAGUUUGAAAAAGAGACCUGCGUCUGCGAAAUGCAGACGGGAGCAUGAUGAUGCAGAGCUGAGUGGCUUCAGGAGGAGACCCCACCACCACACCGUUCACCACCACUUCCCCCACGGGUCCCUGGCGCGCCGUGUGGUCUCACCACCCCUGGAGCGGAAGAGGGGUGUUGGAGGGGGUAAUUCUUCUCCUUUUGUUUUCCGCAAAGACAAAGAGAACCUCAGAGAGUUAUAUGGUGAGCAGUUCCGCUCCAAGGAGGGCAAGGCCUUGUGGGAGCAGGAGACAGGAAGUGGAGGAAGCGGUGUGGGCGGUGCUAGUGGUGGUGGUAUCUGUAAGAGUCUAGUGCCAGUAGAAGACUUCCUCAAAGGGAAAGUCAAGAAUACAGUGUCUGUAGGUCAGCAGGCUCACAGCUGUUGGGAAAAGGGUGCUUCAGGGAUUGGAGGAGGUGGUAUAGCAGGUGGAGACUGGGAGUGUCGUAACUCACAUGGUGUUUGUCAUCAUGGGGGUGGAGGUGCAUGCCCUGCUGGUGGGGGUACUAGUAGUCGCCCCAGCUCUGCAUCUUGCAAACGCUGUGAUUCCUGUAAGAUUCAGCCAAGCAACCUUUACAAUAUCAGUGAGGAUGCUAACAUGUUCCUGGCGGCGAAGAGUAGUGUAGGAGGAGCCCAGACCCAGACUCCAGGACAACGACGAAAACUUGGCCCUGGCGGGAGGGUCCUUAGAAGGCAGCAUUCAUAUGACACGUUUGUGGACCUGCAGAGGGAGGGAGCAGGGCGCAUGGGGGGCUCUGGUGGGGGAAUGGGUGAACAGGUUGUUCAGCCCCGUAGUGUGAGUUUGAAAGAUAAAGACCGCUUUACUGAGGGUCCAAGUCCUUACGCUCACAUGUUUGAGAGAUAUUCAGCUGACAGGGACUCCCCUAUGUUUGGACUAGGGGACCGGGCCAAAACAGGGUCAUCCUUCAGUCUGUUUCAUGGAGGUGAAGGAGGGCUACGUCAGCGCUCGGUGGGAGAGAGAGAUUUUAGAGACAGAGACAGGGCAAUGAUGGGAGGUGGGGGCUGUGGUGGUGGUGGCGGCAAAGGGGCCGGGACUUACUCCUUGUCUAAAUCUCUCUACCCAGAUAAGGUGAACCAGAACCCUUUCAUCCCAACGUUCGAUGACGACCAGUGUCUUUUACACGGUGCCAAACCGUACUACAUGAAAAAGCCACAGACGCCGCAACAACAGCAGCAGCUUCUCAACAACAUCCGUGGAGGAGGGGACUUCAGGGGCUCAAUGGGAGCUGCUUCCUAUUUGCCCGCAUCUGCCACUGCAGGGGUGAUGUCCAAUGUGGCCCCUAGGUACCCAAAAGAGCUCUGUCUGGGAGGGGUGGGAGGUCCCAUGGGCAACCACCACGGGGGCAACAAGCUUGUGCCUGGAGGCAGAGACACUUUAGGUUUGGGACCAGGACAGAGAUCCUUCAAUGGUGCCAACGGACACGUAUAUGAGAAGCUGUCCAGUAUUGAGUCCGAUGUGUGA